UCAGUUUUGGCUAUAUAUCUGGUUUCCAAACUCUUCCUAAUCUCACACUCUGUUUCUAUCUUCUACUUUGUAUCCAGAUCCCUUUCAACUCUAAAAACAUGGCUGAUAUUUAUGAUGAACAGGGCAACCCUAUACAGCUGACCGACGAACAUGGAAACCCGGUUCAGCUGACCGACGAGCACGGCCACCCCAUGCACCUGACCGGGGUUGCCGCCACCAUCGUCGAAGGCGUGGAAACAACCGACACGGGUGAUGUGGUGGUGGCUGAGACUGUCGUCGAAGGUGUACCGCUCACCGGAACCCACCCGCAUGGUGGUGCAGUACCGCCUACUGAGGCGGCUGUGCACGGUGGUGUAACGGGGGUUGGAGCUACCAGAGGUGAGCACCGGCCGCUGGGGGAGCAGCUACGCGGUUCCAGCAGUUCGAGCUCUAGCUCGUCUGAGGAUGAUGGGCAAGGUGGGAGGAGGAAGAAGAAGAAGGGACUGAAAGAGAAACUGAAGGAGAUAUUGCCUGGAAAGCACAAAGACGAGCAUGCCCCUCAAACCGGCUCUUACCCGGUUCCCCUCAGCAGCGCUGCUGCUGCUCCUCCGGGGCACCACCCGCACGAGCACGAGAAGAAGGGUAUACUGGAGAAGAUCAAGGAGAAACUACCUGGCACCCACCACCACAACCACUAGAGGAAAAGCAUCAUUGUAUGGAUGGUUCUUGAUGUAUGUGAGUGAAGUGAUGUACUAUGUUUUUAUCAUACUUGUGGUACUAGCUAGGUAUAAA